UCAUUAAAAACAUAUAAACAAAAUAUUGCUAUUCCGUUUGAACAAAUAAGUCCUGAUAAUGACAACAAAGAGGAAUUUAUAUUAUCAGAUGAAAACACUGAUAAUAUGAAUAUUGAUAUGGAAGAUACUAGGGAUAAUGAUCAUAUAGAAACAGUUAAGUAUGAUGAACAUAUGCAAUAUAAUUUAGUAAGUUUAGAUAAAUCAGAACAUUUAACCGACUUGUAUGAAGAAGAAGAUGAAGUAAUGCAUCAAAAUUAUUUAAUUCAUCCCGCAGAUAAUUUGGAAGCAAAAUGGAAAUUGACAGAUAUUUUUGUGGAUUC